AUGAGCCGCGCCGGGAGUUGGGACAUGGACGGGCUUCGGGCGGACACCGGAGCCACCGGGGCCGCCCCGGCCUCCUCCUCCUCCUCAGUGGCGGCGGCGCCCGGACAGUGCCGCAGUUUCCUCUCCGCGCCUGUUUUCGCCGGGGCGCACUCGGGUCGGGCGGCGGCGGCAGCAGCAGCGGCGGCAGCAGCAGCGGCAGCAGCGGCCUCGGGCUUCACCUAUCCCGGGGCCUCUGAGCGCGCGGGCUCCACCUCGUCGUCAUCUUCGACUGUGACCGCGGCUCGCCCGGAGGCUCCUCCGGUCAAAGAGUGUCCGGCUCCCGCGGUCACCGCUGCCGCUGCAGCGCCCCCGGGAACCCCAGCACUGGGCUACGGCUACCACUUCGGCAACGGCUACUAUAGCUGCCGCAUGUCACACGGCAUGGGCUUACAGCAGAAUGCUCUCAAAUCGUCGCCGCACGCCUCUCUGGGAGGUUUCCCAGUGGAGAAGUACAUGGACGUGUCCGGCCUGGCCAGUGGCAGCGUUCCGGCCAACGAAGUGCCCGCGCGCGCCAAGGAGGUGUCCUUCUACCAGGGCUAUACAAGCCCCUACCAGCAUGUGCCUGGCUACAUCGACAUGGUGUCCACCUUCGGAUCCGGGGAGCCUCGACAUGAAGCGUACAUCUCCAUGGAGGGCUACCAGUCCUGGACGCUGGCCAACGGGUGGAACAGCCAGGUGUACUGUGCCAAGGACCAGCCACAGGGCUCCCACUUUUGGAAAUCAUCCUUUCCAGGGGAUGUGGCUCUAAAUCAGCCAGACAUGUGUGUCUACCGCAGGGGAAGGAAAAAGAGGGUGCCGUACACCAAACUGCAGCUCAAAGAACUGGAGAACGAGUACGCCAUUAACAAGUUCAUUAACAAGGACAAGAGGCGGCGAAUCUCGGCUGCCACGAACCUAUCUGAGAGACAAGUGACCAUUUGGUUUCAGAACCGAAGAGUGAAGGACAAGAAAAUCGUCUCCAAACUCAAAGACACUGUCUCCUGA